AUGUCUUCAUCGUCACGUACACCUUUCUCCGCAUUCCCGCAUCCUUUCUCUAUGUCAUCUCCGCUUUUGCGUCUGUCUGACUCCGAGUACUCUACCUUGCAAGGAUGGACGAUAUGCUGCACGCCAUGUUCUCGCUUGCCAGAGUAUUUCAAAUCUCAUCCGCUGGAGUCGCCAUCGAGCCCGACCCACAAUCCCUACUCCUGGACAUACGGCCUGGAAGGCCAAGAUCGGAUCAAAGCGGUCGGACGCUCCCCGGAAAAGUUACGAAAAUUUGCCAUCGGAAUCAGCGUAGGCACUCCCCCUCGCCCUGUACCCCACGCCCUGACGAGCCGUUUCGUCCCUCAGGGCAACUGGUCCACCGUCCCCGCCGUCGGCAUCUACCCCUCCGACACCGAACUCGCCCCCCUCUCCACCGCCUGCCAACGCAAAAACCGCGUCCUCGUCGUCGACGUCGGCGCCUCCCGAGGCGGCACCAUGAAGGAAAUCCGCCAGACCUUCCCCCCCCCCCGGCCGACAGGCAGAAUCCUAACCCAAGACCUCGUCCCGCGUCGUCGACCCCGUCCCGGCGGAUCACCUGCCCCCGGAGCUGGACAUCCAUCCGACGGUCCACGGUUUCUGGCCGCGGCAGCCGGUGAGGAACGCGUGCGUUUUAUUACCGGAGGAGGAUCAUGCACGAUUGGCCCGAUGACCGUGAGGCCGGACCCACCUUUUUGA